AUGGAAACUUAUGUGUUUGAAUUUAUUGAAGCGUUCACUCAUUUAAUACUUUAUUUAAUGAACAUUUACUCUUCUGAGUAUUUUAAGAAAAAAAGAAAAUUCAAUACCCUCCUAUGGCAUUGCUCAAAUAAACAAGUAGAGGAAUAUAUACAACAGGCACUAAUUCCUAUAAAAAAAUACCUGUUGGAUAAAAGCUUAUAUAAAUACAGAAUAAUUUUAAAGAAUUUGAGAGAUGAAGUCAUAAAAAUAUUCACAAUUGAGUUUGAGCAAUUAUACAAAACAAAUAGCAAACAACUUAGCUAUUCUUCCUUUGAGCAGUUUGCUUGGGACUUUUUUACGUAUCUUGAAAUGCAGAUGUUUGAAAACUGUGAUACGGAAAAGACGUUUGAGAUUUCCUUUGAUUUACUGAAAGACCAUGAGGAAAACCCCUCCAUUCAUGAGAGCUUAAAAGAUGAUUGGGAAAUAAUUUCAUAUGAUAACCUAGAAAUGUACAAAAAGAAGAUUUUAAAAAGUAUGAAUAUUUUUGAUAAUAAUAAGGCCAGCUCUAUAUGUCAGAUAUACGUCGAAAGCCGAAAAGACACGUGUUAA